AUGAUAAGCCACGGGCUGUCGAGGCGCGUUGUCGGCAUCGCGCGACCCUUGCAGAGGAUGGUGCAACCCGUUUGGUUAUGUAGGCUCAAGAGAUAUGACGCCUUUGAUGCAAAUCUCGACCAGGAAGCGCUGGCUGAAGCAAGGACUUGGUUUCAAUCUUUUGACGCAACCCAGUUACCCAGCGGCAACACGACCUACGCGCGGUCCAGCGGCCCAGGCGGCCAGCACGUUAACAAGACGGAAACCAAGGCCACUACAGUAUAUCCAGUGAGAGAUCUUCUGUCCUCGCUGCCCCGGAAUCUGCACUCCACUAUACGGUCGUCCAAGUACUACGUCGCGAGUAACGAUAGCCUCACGUUUCAAGACCAGACUCAUCGGUCGAGAGCUGCGAAUGCAGACGAGAAUCGAAACAAGCUCAUGCAAGAAGUCAUCCGCAUCUACAAAGCAACAACGCCAACAAAGACUGGUGACGAGAAGAAGAAGAAAUAUGAAAUCAUGUGA